CACCCAGCACAGCAAGAACCACACCACGCCACACACCAUUCCUCAUUUUUCAUCUUCACAUCAAAAUUUCAUCUCAGAUAAAACCAAAAACUCUCUCUCUUCUGUUUCUUCUUCUGAAUUUUCAUGGCUCAUCAUUCACUAUUCUACCUAUUUCUCUCAUCCUCCUUCUCUCCCAAUUCCGUUCCCUUCAAUUCCCUCCUCCUCACACCUUUCCAUCGCAUUUCCAUUCCAUCUCGUAACACUUUCUAACGCUCUGUACUCAACACAACACCGUUGGAACCGUUGCCGUUAUGGGAAAGCGUAAUUCUCAACGUAAAAAUGCUGCAAUGUUGGAUAGCGACGAUGACAGUAGUAGUGUGAGUUCGUCGUCAACUUCGAGAACUGAUCACUUCUCCGUCUCAGGGAACGAAGAAGUGCACUUCGAUCAAGACGCUCUUCUCGAUCAAGCUCUCGAUGCCUUGGACGAGAAAAGGAGUUCCACGAGGGAGAGAGCAUUGUCGGUGAUCGUUGGGGCAUUCAGUAGCAACGUGCAGCAUCAGUUUGUGGAUAAGAAAUUUGCUACUUUAUUGCAUCUAUGUCUUGCUUCAAUAAAAAAGGGAUCCAAAAAGGCAUCUGCAAAGGAAAUAGCUUUGGCAUCACAUGUCAUUGGUUUGCUGUCUCUGACUGUUGGAUGUGGUGAUAAUCGUGCAAGGGAAAUUUUUGAGGAAACAGCUCGUCCUCUUGAUGAAUUUCUCACAUCUAAAUCAGAUUUGACAAGAAUUCCUUCAUUGCUGGCAUGCUUGGCUAUAAUCACUUUUGUUGGUGGGAAUGAUCAAGAGGAAACAGAGAAAUCAAUGGACAUACUGUGGCGAGUGAUUCAUCCCAGAUUAGGUUCCAAUGUAGUUGCAGUCAAACCUUCUGCUCCAUUAAUAACUGCCGUCAUAUCUGCUUGGUCCUUUCUCCUAUCUACAAUGAGCGAGUUCAAGCUAAAUUCUAAAAUUUGGCAAAAUUCAAUAUCUUAUUUAUCAAGUCUUCUAGACAAGGAAGACCGGCCUAUGCGUAUUGCUGCUGGUGAAGCACUGGCUGUAAUUUUUGAGAAUGGAAUUAUAGAGAAAUUUUCUGCUGAUUCUAAGGGUGCAAGUGAAAUGAUUCAAGAAGAGAUUAACCUGCAGGAAAGUUACAUCCAUUUACAAGGAUUGAAAGGGAAGGUUGUCAAUCAAGUCAAAAACCUUUCUGUUGAGGCUGGUGGAAAAGGUUCUGCUAAGAAAGAUCUUAAUAAUCAGAGGAACUUGUUCCGAGAUAUUGUGGAAUUUUUUGAGUAUGGUUACUCUCCUGAAGUUUCUAUGAAAAUUGGUGGUGAUUCACUGCAGACAUCUUCAUGGUCCCAAAUGAUACAGUUGAACUUUCUCAAGCACUUUUUAGGGGGAGGAUUCAUCAAGCAUAUGCAGGAAAAUGACUUCCUUCAAGAUGUAUUUAAUUUCACACCAAAGAGAAGAUAUCUUAAUGACAAUGAACAUCGGAUGUCUAGCGGUGAAAAGAGAAUGUUUAAGUCUCCAAAUUCAGUUCAGAACAAGGCUAGGACACAAUUAAUUAAUAAGCAACGGUUGUUAUCUGAGGGCCGAAAUUUGGGUCACUACACAGCCAGUAUGGUUGACGACGAGGCGUUUUGAGCGGGACAUGUAAUUAUUAUUAUCAGGAAUUGUGUUCAUUUCAUGAUUCGAUCAUUAAUUUUAUACUUUAUUUUUUCUUCUCUCCAACGCUUUCGACUUAAUGGCUAGGAAAAUUAUUUCUGCAAACUAUGCCAGCUUGACAUGACAUAUAUAUAUAUAUAUGCCAAAAAAUAUCUUAUGCAUGUUCGUAAUUAAAAACUCAAAUGACUAUUCGCUGGAUUGAGAACUA